ACACGUCAGAGACAUUCGUCAGUCUACUUUGAAGUUUAGCCGAGUAAAGAUCGCCAGACAAAACAGUUGUCUAAUGAAAAUAUACAUUUUUUAAACAAUUUUAAUUAUCGUCUAAAAUUAUUUUUUAUUAUUUUUAAUUUGAGUAAUUUUCUAUUCUUGCCGACUAAACCCAAAAAUGAAUUUCUUCGCAGUAGUAAAAGUGAUUGCCACGAUGUGUUUGUUCGGAUUUUUUACUCGGACUUUGGGUCAUGAAGUGAAGUAUUGUUACGUAUGCGUGGAAGGUGACGUAACUACAUGUGAAAAAGCAGAAAUAUCUAUGUUUACAACGGCGGCCUGUGAUGCCGCAGACGCUACUACGCAAUGUUACGGGCUCAAAAUAAAAAAUAAGGAUGUGGAUUCCGGCAUAUUACGCGGCUGCGUGAAAAGCACGGAUUGUGCUGGUGUAUUAGGCUCGAGUGAAAAAUAUGCACCUCUCGAUGAGAAAAGCUGCCGGGUUUGCAAAGAUAAAGACAAUUUUAACGAUAAUGCCCACGUAGCACAAUCAACCGUACCUCCCAGUUCAGACAACGGGACAGGCAACGAUACAGACAAAGAUCAACAAUCGCUCGCCGGGUCUGCGGUGCUGUGGGCCCUUUUGUCGUCCAUGGUGGUGGCCAGGAAGUAUUCCCACACGAUGUGAUUGGGGCUCUAUCAUAGAAAGAAAACGAAAAUGUGCUUUUAACCCCGUAUGGCCGAUAAAUAAAAUAAUUAAAUAUUCACAGUAAAAA